AUGGCGCUGCAUAGCAGAUAUGCUAUUAUUCGGCACGCAGCUGUACGCAGUUUCGCUACCAUAGAAUCGCCCUUUGAUGCUGUCCAUCUUCCAUCGCUCAUUGUCUGCCCCCCUACUCUUACCGGCGGUCACUGGUACUAUGAGAUUCUAAAAUACUCCGAGAACUUGCAACUCAUUAUCUACACCAACAACUCCAAGGAACGCGCAAGGCUUCUUCCUAAACUGUCCAAGAAAGAUGCGGUCAUCACCUCAUACGAAAUUGUGCAGGACGAUAUUGUGAGCCUAAGAGAUUACAGCUGGCUAUACCGCAUCCUGGACGAAGGACACACGAUUAAGAACGCUAAUCACAAAAGCUACAAGGGCAUACAUGCACAGCAUCGUCUCAUUCUUUUGGGCACUCCAAUCCAGAAUAACGUGUUGGAGCUUUGGAAUAUUUUUGACUUCUUGAUGCCUGGCUUCAUUGGGACCGAAAAGUCGUUCAACGAUCGAUUCAGAAGCCAAUCCUGUCAAAUCGUGAUGGAAACGCGAAGACUAGUGAAGCUGUUUGUGCAAAAAACACUCUACGACGACUUCUCCAGCUCACAGGCCAAGAUGAAUGCGGAGGAUGCCAUCCAAGGAGCUGUCAAGAAUGCUCCACAACAGCAUGUUUUUCAAUCACUACAGUAUUCAGCACGCACCGAAAUUACUUGCUCUACGGUAUUUUAUUUCUCUAUGCAACUACUCACAGAUUGCGGUAUUGGAGACAGUCCUUCGGUUACUGGUGAAAGUGGGAAGACCGAUCCUGCGGAGAGCUUGUUGGAGUCGAUAGUGCAUUCCCCUAAUCGUGCUCUAAUCUUCUGUCAGAUGAAGCAGAUGUUGGAUAUCAUCGAAAAUGAUCUCAUCAAGCAAUACACGCCUUCCGUCACAUACAUGCGACUCAAUGGCGGAACUGACCCCAACAAGCGCCAUGCUACUGUUCAGACAUUCAACUCAGUACCGACUGCCUCUUAUUGACAACGCACGUCGGUGAGCUUGGUCUGACCCUGACUGGGGCGGAUACUGUGAUAUUUGUGGAGCAUAAUUGGCAUCCUAUGAAGGCUAUGGACAGAGUUCACCGCGUUGAACAAAAUAAGGUCGUCAAUGUAUAUCGCUUGAUCACGAAGGGCACACUGGAAGAGAAGAUCAUGAGGUU